UCUGCUGUGACCCUGCCGGAGAGGCCGCCGGGGCAGUCCAUGGGAGGUGGCGGGCACAGGCUGACGGCUGUGCUGCUGCAAAGAGCGCGCGCCUUGCCCAGGGAUCGCUGAUGUCACGGGAGGCCUCUGAUGGAAGAGGCUUGGAUCAAUCGCUACCGGAAGCAGCUGGUGAGGUCCAUCUCGCCCCAGUUCCUGGAGGAGAUCAUCUGCUACCUGCGGAAGCUGGACCUCCUCACAGCAGAGGAGGCUGGCCGUGUGCAGGAGGUGAGCUCCGUGCCGGAGCAGGUGAGGGCUGUGGUGGAUGUCCUGGCUGGCAAGGGCAGCUACGCCUCACAGUCCCUGCAGACCUUCAUCGAGACCACCAAUUCCCAGCUCUACCUCCACAUCACUGUCUAUGAACCGAUGGUGCAGAAACAUUUGGAGAGCCUCCAAAAUUACUAUGGGAAUGGCUUGGAGACAGGCCCCCUGCAGCGACUCACAAACCUUCUGCUGGUGGAGGGCUUGACAGAUAUCCAGCAGAAGGAGCAUGACAUCCUGCAGAUCGAAGUCACCAAAGGCCUAAGAAAUGUAUCCAAAAGCAUCCCUUUAGAGAAGCUCUUCCUACCUCUCUCCAAGGUCAGCAUCCCCCCUCGGAUCUCCAUGACUGUGGGAGUGGCUGGGAUUGGCAAAAGCACACUGGUCAAACUGUUCGUCUACACCUGGGCAAAGGGAGAGAUCAACAGGGACAUCAUUUUUGUGCUGCCCCUCACCUUCCGGGAACUCAACACCUAUGAGAAACUCUCUGCCGAGAGGCUCAUCCGGUCAGCGUUCCCUCACAUCACUGAGCCAAACUGCAUCUCUGCGGGAACCGCCAGGACGCUGCUCAUCCUGGAUGGCUUGGAUGAGUUUAAGACUCCCCUGGAUUUUUCCAACACAGUAGUUUGCACUGAUCCCAAGAAGGAGAUUCAAGUGGACAAUUUGAUUACCAAUAUUAUACGGGGCAACCUGUUGCAGGAGGCUUCUGUCUGGGUCACUUCAAGGCCAACAGCGGCCAGCCAAAUCCCCGGUGGGCUUGUUGACCGCAUGACAGAAAUAAGAGGUUUCAGAGCUGCAGAGAUGAAAGAUUUCUUGGACCAGAUGUUCCUUGACAACAGAGACUUAUCCAGUCAAGUUCUGCAUCACAUCAAGGCUAACAGAUCUUUACACAUCAUGUGUACAGUUCCUAGCUUUUGCUGGAUUUCUGGCUCUUCAAUAGGUUAUUAUCUAAAAAAUAGCACUGAUCAAUCCCAAGAAAUGACAGUUGUUCCUAAGACAUUAUCAGAAAUCUAUUCCUACUAUUUUAAAAUGGCUUUGAGCAGUGACUGGCCAGAAAAGCAGAGAGAGACACUCAGGAUAGAGCAAGCUGUGAACAACAGCAAGAAAAUCAUGGGUAACCUGGGCAGACUGGCUUUCUAUGGCCUGCUCAAAAGGAAGUAUGUGUUUUAUGAGCAGGACAUGAAGACAUAUGGCAUAGACCUUUCCUUGCUGCAGAGCAGCUUGUGCAGUAGACUGUUGCUCAAAGAAGAGAUGCAGUCCUUCACAGCCUAUUAUUUCUCCCACUUGACCAUUCAGGAGUUUUUAGCAGCCAUUUACUAUUACACUGCUGCCAAGCGAGCAAUAUUUGACCUCUUCACGGAGAGUGGCAUGUCCUGGCCCAAGCUCGGCUUCCUCAAUCACUUCAAGAAUGCUGUUCAGAGGUCCCUGCAGGCAGAGGAUGGACAGCUUGAUAUCUUUGUGCGUUUUCUCUCUGGGCUUCUCUCCCCACAGGUGAACAAGCUGCUCUCUGGAUGGCUCCUGGUGAAGGACGAACACAACAGCUUCAGGAGCCAAGCAAUCAGCUUUCUCCAGGGCUGCCUGAACACAGACUAUGUUAUCUCCUCAAGGACAGUAAACACCAUGCAGUGCCUGUAUGAAAUUCAGCACAUGGAGAUCGCUAAGACUGUGGAAGAAGCAAUGAAGAAUGAGAGUUUGUCUGGGAUGCUAACGCCAGUGAACUGCUCUGCCCUGGCCUAUCUCCUGCAGGUCUCCGAUGUCUGCAUGGAGGAGACAAACCUCUCCAACUGCCUCACUUACAAUGUCUGUAAGAGUCUGCUCUCCCAGCUCCUCUUCUGCCACAACCUCAGGCUGGACAACAACCAGUUUAACGACAACGUGAUGGAGCUGCUGGGCAGCAUGCUGAGCGUGAAGGACUGUCAGAUCCAGAAGCUCAGCUUGGCAGAAAACCAGAUCAGCAGUAAGGGAGCCAAAGCACUGGCCAGGUCGCUGAUGGUCAACAGGAGCCUGAUGGCACUGGACCUGCGGAGCAACUCCAUCGGCCCCAAGGGAGCAAAAGCACUGGCUGAUGCACUGAAAAAAAAUCAAGUCCUGCUCUCUCUGAACCUGCAGCACAACGCGAUAAAGGAGGAAGGUGCCACGUUCCUGGCCGAGGCCCUUUUAACCAACCACAGGUUGACGACCUUGCACCUGCAGAAAAACUCCAUCGGAGCCCAUGGUGCAAGGAAAAUUGCAGAGGCGCUGAAGCAGAACUGCAGCCUCAAGGAACUGAUACUCUCCAGCAACUCUGUAGGAGACAACGGCUCGGUUGCCUUGGCUGAAGCUCUGAAGGUGAAUCACAGUCUGCAAAGCCUCGAUCUCCAGAGCAAUUCGAUCAGCAACGCUGGGGUCACCGCGCUGACAGGGGCUCUCUGCUCCAACAAGGGACUCAUCAACCUCAACCUGCGGGAGAACUCCAUCAGCAAAGAGGGGGGCCCUGCCAUCGCCCGAGCCCUGCAGACCAACAGCACCCUCAGGAAGCUGGACUUAGCAGCAAACCUGUUGCAUGACGAAGGCGGCAAGGCCAUCGCUUUAGCGAUGAAAGAGAACCGGGCGCUCACAUCCCUCCACUUACAGUGGAAUUUCAUUCAGGCAAAAGCUGCCACAGCCCUGGCACAAGCACUACAGUCCAACAGCAGCCUGGUCAGCCUCGACCUGCAGGAGAAUGCCAUUGGCGAUGAAGGAUUGGCCGCUCUGUCCGCCGCACUCAAGGUCAACACAACCCUGGCAGAUCUCCACCUUCAGGUGGCUUCAGUUGGCACAGUUGGGGCCCAAGCCUUGGCAGAGGCCUUGAUGGUCAACAAGUGCCUGCGGAUCCUGGACUUGAGGGGAAACUCCAUUGGCGUGGCGGGGGCCAAAGCGAUGGCCAACGCACUGAAGGUCAACCGCAGCCUCCGCAGGCUCAACCUGCAGGAGAACUCCCUGGGCAUGGACGGAGCCAUCUGCAUUGCCACGGCUCUGAGGGGAAACCACGGCCUCACGUAUGUGAACCUGCAGGGGAACCGCAUUGGCCAGUCGGGAGCUAAGAUGAUCUCCGAUGCUAUCCGAACAAACUCACCUGACUGUGUUGUGGAAGUGUGAGGUUGGCUGGCCACAGCGAGGACAUGGCCCGGUGGGGCAGGAAGGUGUCCCUUCGGCCAGCGUGCCUACGCGGGGAGCUGCUUGGCCCUCCACCUCUGUCUGACGGAGGAGAGCUGGGGAAAGGAGAGCCUCCGAGCUCUCCAGCAUGGCCCAAGAGGGGGUGCUCACAGCAGUGGGUGCUGGAGCUUGGGGCCUCUGGAUCAGCAGUACAGAAGGAUCAAGACUCACUCCUGUUAAAAACUGGGGAGUUUGCAACCUUGUCCCUGUUCAUCUAAGUCUUAGGGGAGCUUUAAGGCUGCAGGAAUGGGCAAAAUGCAAACAGGAGGGCAAGGAGGAGGGAGGAGGGGGAGAGAGCCCACAAGCUGGGCUCUUCUCACUUAUGCAGUCAACUGAAACUGAGCCUCCACUGCCUGCAGUAGCAACCCCCUCUUGUGAUCUCCCCGAUGCCAAGGAAUGCAGCACCAUGCUCAGAGCCUGCCCCAGGUUUGGUGCAUCCUGACCACUCAGGAGCUCUCUUCCCAGACUGAGUCUGCAGGCAAAUGUUGCAGUGCCCCAGAACUGCUCACAGAGCCAGUCUCCUCCACCUAGUUCACGAUGGCUAGUGAUCCCAGAAGAGCUGGUGAAGCACUUUGCACCUGGCUAAAUAGCGCCCAGUCCUGCAGGUUCCCAGGGUACGUUAGUCACUGAUAUCCCAGAGAUACACCAAAGGUUUGUUGUUUCCUUGCUCAGAUCAGACAGUGUGGUGCUUUGGAUCUGGACACUUCAGAGCAAGGGCUGCUCCCUGCACAACUGUAGGGUCCCAGGCAGCAAGUACAACCCGUGGUGUUUGUUUUGCCCUCAACAGCAGGUUGGUUUUAGCUGAGUGUGACACACGUGUUUGGUAGUGUUGCUCUGCAAAAGCCUCUUGGAAGAGAUAUGAAUCGCAAGGGAGUGGAGCCAUCUAGAAAGACCAUUGGAAAUGAGGAGGAGGAGCAGGAGGGUGCUUGUGAGGAGAAGAGCACUGCAAAAGGAUGCGCCAUCUGUAGCAGAUGCGGCUAGAUGCCACACCUGGGAGUACCUUCUCAAAAAGUUCUGCCGCUCAAAUUUAGGCUGGACUUUUUGGGUCUCCUGCUGUUGCCAUCAGUGACACUGACCUUCAGACAUGCCUUGCCAAUGCCCCAGCUGCAGAGUGGGUCCUCCCCUACCAGGUCACCUUCUGGGUGGGCAGCUGCUGACAGCAGAGAUGGUAGGUGAUGCCUUUGUGUGCAGGGCUGAGACUCAGCAAUUCCCCAGAAGGUGCUGAGUUUACAGAUAGACCAGUUGCCAAUCUGUGCAACCCCCAGAGCCCCCCUGCAGCGACUGCCCCCUAUCCUCUACUCUGCUCCAGCCAGAGUCCAACACGCUGCUGCUGCAUUCAGUCCAGUAAGCGACUGCUUCAAGGAUCUCUGUGGCCUGAUCCUGGAGAAAUGCUGGGGUGACCUAUGUCAUUAUGUGCAUACCUGGAAAUAAAGUGGUUCCUAGCUGAAAA